AUGAAAUUCUACACUCCAGUAGAUAUACCCACACAGAUACUAUUGGUUCAACAAGUUUACAAGUUGAUCUCUUCUAGAACAGCACUGGAAUGUUCUUUCAUUACGCCUCCUUCAUUGUUAGAGGACUUGGACGAUAUCAUGGUGAUCUACAGACACUAUGCUACACUUUAUUUUGUAUUCGUAGUCGACGACCAAGAGUCGGAGUUAGGAAUCCUUGAUUUAAUCCAGGUAUUUGUCGAAUGCCUCGACAAGUGCUUCACUAACGUGUGUGAGUUGGAUUUGGUGUUUGGCUGGCAGGUAUUGCAGACAGUCUUGGAAGAAAUUAUUCAGGGAGGCAUGGUUAUUGAUACAAAUAUCAGCCGCAUUGUAGCGGCAGUCGAUGAGGCCAAUAGUCAGAAGAGUAGUACAACGUCUGCUAGCAGUAUAAGUGCCUCUUUCUUGCUGGCUGUCUCCAGGGAUAGAAGCUUCUGGGGAAGAUGA